CUCCGGCCGGGCGGCGCUGCCCUGCGUGGACAGAUGGGCGCGCCCCGGGCCUGACGGAUGAGCAGUCGGGCACGUGAACUCCCACCUCCAGUUUAGCCCUGUGCCCAGCGGCGGCGGCGGUGGCUGCAGCCCCGCGGUGGGGCGGCCCCCGCGGUCUCUGCUCGGCUCCUGCGCGCCGCCUCUGCUCUUUGCAUAGUAAUUUCAGUUCCUGCGAGCACCCAGCUCGCUCCCGGAACAGGUCUGAAAGGGACCGCCGCUCCCGAGCACGCCGGAGCCAUCCGUGUGGCGCUGAGAGCCGCUGCUUGGGAUAUGCGACGGGCAGCCCCCGCCACAGCGCAGGCAGUGGCCCCGCCGCGCUGGGGAGAGCCGGGCGACAGCAGAUUGGUCCUUCAGAGGAUUCGUCUCUGACUGCGUCUUCACUCCAAGCUACGACUGCUUCCCAGUGGGAGCACUGCUCAGGGAAGAGCUCUGACGUUUUCCUGAAGAGAAAUUCCAUGGGGACUGUACCUGACUCUCUGAGAUCGGCUAAAACUUCCCUGAUCGCAGCUUCUGGAAAAGAAGACGAUUUAGGAGAGGUGCAGGCUGCCUCAUCUCCGCCUCUACCGGCCCUCCCGUGUAAGAACACUAAUGGCCUUCCCAGCGCUCCUGCAGAACCAGACCUCAGCCCCAGGGCAGCCGCUGAGGCCCUGAUGCAGGCCUGUGAGCAUGAGACCACCCAGCCAGACAUGUCUUCUCCUGGCGUCUUCAACGAGGUGGAGAAAGCGUCUCCCACACUCAACAAUCCUGGCAAUACCCGGCUGCCAGGAAGCAGUGAGCCCACAGCACCAAGCUUGUGUUCUGCAGCAGGAAAGGAUCUUAUAAACGCAGGAUUUACGAUGCCAGCCAAUCAACGUACCCACCAGGCCAUCCCAGGUGACCAGCCCAACGCCAGCCCCUCAUCAGGACCUGAAGAUACCCUGGGGGAAUCACAGAGAACCUCAGAUGGGGAGCAACCUGAGAAGCCAAGUUGUCCUGUGGGGGGCACUCGUAGCAGCAGCAAAGAUCAAGUGCCCUGUGAUUUUCCUUCUCAAGAAACAAUCCAGGGAUCGGUGCAAACUGCAAAUACAGCAGCCAAGGUGUCCAGUCAUGCAUCGUCUCCUGACGGGGAGAGGCAGCGAGCUGUUUGUGACUCCCAGACCAGGUCCUGUGAAUCUCCAGCAAGAGAAGAUGGAUGUUCAGGGAACAAACAGCCCUCGGCCACCACCUCAGACACCCAGGCUGUGACUUCUGUAACACCUCCACCAUCCCACCUUACUAGCAAAGGGUCGACGUUUCCUCCAGAUCCGGAGAAGGUGCUGCUGCCAGGACAGCAUCAGGUGUCAAAGUUCAAAGAAGCAGGUACGAUGACCAACCAAGCUGAAAGUGAGAUCAAGGAAGUUCCCAACCCGGCUCGGCAGGAUGCUGAGGUGCAGGCGGUGGCGAGUGUGGAGAGCAGAUCUGUCUCCACUAGCCCCAGCAUCCUCACUGCAUUCUUAAAGGAAACGCCUGCUCCUGAGCGUUUUGAACAAGAGCAGCUGCGUGUCAUUUGCCAUCGCCGCGGCGGCGGGAGCCACCCGUUGGAGCUGUCUGACAACACCCUCGCCCCCCAGGAGUCCAGUUGGUGCCCUGGCAUCAUGCCAGAGGUGCACAUCCAGGCAGCUGCAGCUGUUUCCACAGCUUUCCGAGGGGAAAGUAAAUCAGUGAGCCUACCAGCUGAGGUCCUUGAAACCUCCUCAAUCCAUGUGGCAUCCAGUAAUGCUCAGGAUACGUGUCAAGAUGAGAGGUCAGCAGGAAUGACCCCAGCGAGGGAACAGCACACCUCUAAACAGCGUUCAGGAACUAACUCUAGCUCCCUGAAAGCCAGCCCCACUGACCAGAUUUCUCUCAGCGAAGACAGUCAAGCUGAAACAAGUCAUGGAUCGGGGAAAUUUGAAACCAAGCCAUCCGAGCUUGCAGCGAAAACCACAAAUGGCCACCAAACAGACCCAGAUUGCAAAUUCUCCAACUCCGCUGGCCCUGCCAGCAAAGCUGACCAGACCCGGAGCUUAGAUCCCAGUAAUAAAGGAGACGCAAGAGAGAAGAAGCCUGCGUCUCCUCGGAUAGUACAAGAACGAGAGUCUAGCGGCACGGAUGUCCUCGAUGCCAGGGCAGGGGCAGAGGGCAAAACCCUACUGCUCAAUCCUAAAUCUCAAGAAACUGAAGGCACAGGAUCGGCCGCCAGUCCCGCACCCUCCCCAGUUAGAAGGAACCAGGAGGGCGCCGAAGAGGAAAACAGGCAGGCCAAGACAGCCGCCAGCCUGAGCCUGCCGUCCGAUUCCAUGGGCGACUCCAGCCCAGGCUCCGGCAAGAGGACCCCUUCCCGCGCCGUCAAAGCCAGCCCGCGCCGGCCCAGCCGCGUCAGCGAGUUCCUCAAGGAGCAGAAGCUCAACGUGAGCGCGGCGGCCGCGCAGGUGGGGCUCACCGCCGGCGAGAAGAAGAAGCAGCUGAGCGCCGACGCCAAGCUCCCGCUGAAGCAGUCCAAGCGCGUCAGGGACGUCGUGUGGGACGAGCAGGGCAUGACCUGGGAAGUGUACGGCGCUUCCCUGGACCCGGAGUCCCUGGGGGUCGCGAUCCAGAACCACUUACAAAGACAGAUCAGAGAACACGAGAAACUCGUCAAAGCUCAAAACAGCCAGACCCGGAGAUCCAUUUCUUCAGAUGCUUCUUCAAAUAAAAAGCUCAAAGGAAGGCAGCACAGCGUGCUCCAGUCCAUGCUGCAGAACUUCCGACGCCCCAACUGCUGUGUUCGUCCUGCCCCUUCUUCUGUGUUAGAUUGAAAGGAACAUGUAUGGAGCCCUCGCAGGCAUUCACCGUCUAGUGAGUGUCCGCCGGUGUCAAAGCCUAAGUAGUUUUUUCCUGAGAGACGGGGAAAAGAAAGCGAGUAUUAACUAUAGGAAAUUGCUGUUGAGAAUUGUGAGGUCCUUUGCCUGGGGCUCCAUAAAUAAAAAUAUCAUUUCAAUUAGAAUAAGAGAAGAGAAGCAAUCUUCACUGAAGCUUUACGACCCUAAUUAAGAGGAAACAAUAUUCACUGGGUUUUUUAAUAUCAUGUGGCUUAUAGAACUAUCAUUAUCAUUAUACAUGGGUCAUUUUGUAUUACUGCCUCAAUUUAUCACACUGUGGUAUCUCCAUUAAAGUCCCUGCUUUAUAUUAAAAAUAGCAAAAACACUGUUAGCAAAAACACUGUUAUACUUCCUGGUCCUGUUGCAAUAAGAAUGCUGUUACCACAUAAACUUUAAGUAGGUGAUAGAACUGUAAUGUAAAAAGUUGAAACAAAUUUGGCUCAGAUGACAUUGAAUAAAAGCAUUUAAAUGCAUAAAAUAGCAAAUAGGAAUUAAUAUUUGUAAACAUCUGCAGAGAACCCUGUUUAUAAACAUUGUUAUACCUGUUAAUAAAUGUAAGAAAGUUAUAUUAGGAAAAUUAGCUAAGCUUUUGAACAUGAAGACUACCCACGUAAAACAUGAAUUUAUUUCUAUAGAUUUUCCUGCACUGAAGGCAAGCUGCCUCUCUGUGAUUAUGACCAGAUUAAGUUCAUAUUUCCUUACCCGAGAGGAAGGACAUACGACUGAAUUCUUGAAGAGAGUCAUCAAAUUAUUGAUAAUGCUAAAUUUUGUUGUACAAGUGUUCUCCAAUAACAUUCUACUGAGAAUGUUAAGGUUCUGGUAAGGAAUCAUAAAUAGCCAAUUACCAAACACUCAUUUUUCUGUGUUGAAAAAAGGAAAGCCCCCUGAGUAACAAAAACAAUAUGUUUAAUUUAGACACUUGUAAAAAGGAUGUAGUUUGGGAUUUUCUUUUGAUUUGGUUCAGUAGCUUCUAAUAGAAAAUGAAGGCAGCACCAAGUAGAACAUGAGCUUUCUUACAGUUUUUGUAUGUAGACUAGAAUCAGCUGAUUGCUUAAAUUUCUAAUCCGUGGUAAAAAGAUAACUUCUGCAAACUUGUUGAUUUUAAGAGAAAUACCAUCAUAUCUCGUCCUUCGAACCCAAUAAAAGAAGCGGCCUUUACUAGAACACUGUUUGAGCUUUGGGUGAGCUGUGGUCCUUGAGAACACAAGCAGCUGUUUGAGCUCAGCCCUCGCCUGUCUCCACAAGAGGAGCGUGUCCCUGGGACCCAUGAGUGUCUUGCAGGGCAUUGGCUGGGAUGACCAGCAAUGGCCUGAGGGUUAGGGAGUGUGGAAGAGGAGCAUGAGCUGGGGCCCGGGAAGGCUUCUCCUCCUGGAGCCACUGUAGGGAGAGCGCUGGUCUCCACCUUGCUCUUAGAAAAUCAGACUGUCAGACGUUAGAGGGGUGCUGGUUGCCUUCUCUGAACUCGUUCCCCUGGAUGAGCCAGAACACAGUGUCUGGCAGUGUGUUCUCUCUCCAGAGACUCAUAAAUGCCAUUUGUGUAGUAAACUCCCAUCUCCGUUUUGGCUUUUUUUUUUUUUUUUUCUAUUUUAAUUCUCUUUUGCAGAUUCUGAACAUAUGAGGGAAAAUCAUACCUCUACUUCAACACCACAAGCUACACUGGACACAACCUACAUUAGUAAAUAGCCAUUGAUAUCUUUCACAGCAAUUGGACUGAUAUGAAGCCUGCAUACGUGUAGACCACAGUCACAGCAUUCUCAGAGCCUGACAAUGUAAUUACAGUUGUUAUACUUGGAACUUAUAAUGAAUUUUUUAAUAAGGCAUAUUUUUCAGUAUUUUACCAAUUGGCUUCUAUUAAGAAUGCUAUCUAAAGUAGAAAUUAUCAUCUAAUUAGCAAUCAAAUUACUAUUAAUGAUUAGAGAUUUAGUCUAAAACUCUCUCUUUUGGCCUUAAAUACCCAUUCGUAGUAGUGUUCUUGUUGCGUCAGUAGAAGACGCCUUUGCCAGCAUGCAAUCUGACUUCCAUCUCUCGCUCACUGGUUGUCUCCCUCACCUGUUGGCAUACGUGCUGUGCGUACACAGAGAACACCCUGUGUACACAGUAGCAGCUGUCAACAGUACCCACUCCAGAUGGGUGGGCCCCAGGUUAUCCUCUGCUGUGAAGUGGCUAGAACAGGCUGUUCCUGCAUUAAAAUGGGAGAAAAGGAAGAAUUCAGCAUCUGGCAAUAAUAUUUAUUUUCAUGAGUUUGGAGUAACCACAUGAUUUAUAAAUAGUUCAAUGAAGCAGAGGCGUAAGAGAGUUGUAGGCGUUUGUCGAACAUUAAAUUAAUUAAUUUAAUUUAAACUAAAUUUGAUGUUGUAGUUGUGCCUCUCAAAUUGAAACUUAAUGUUUGAUGUACUAACUUUAACUGGUUUUCUUUGGUGCUGGAACUAACCUUUACUUCUUAAUCUUUAAUUUUUUGCUUUUAAUCUUUAACUUCUACCACACUCUAAAGAUUGUCACAAAAUAUUACAAAAGCUUUCAUGUUACUAUUGAAUCUUAUAGAAGGAACAGCUUUUAAAAACAGUAACAGAAAUUGAUCAUCAAAAUGGAUGAGUAAGAUAGGAGCCUAUUCAAGACUGCAGUGUUUUUGCAUUGUGAUAUCCUAGGUAUUCUCACAGUAAAGCCUUUAUCUGAAAAUUUCCCUUCACUUCAAUCUGUGACAGCGUAGACAUUCAGUACAUCACGUGUGACUCCUUAGGUUUGUUCAACAAAUGAAGUUGCAAAACAAUGUUCCCGGCGUGGCAGACUCUUUGAACUUGCUCUGCUGUUCCUUACCUGCAUGACAUGCAGUGGUUUGAAAGUGGUUUGUUUUUGUUUCUUAAACCAAUAAUAAAAGAGAGAUGAGUUAGAACACAGUGUAUGAAAGAUAAUGAAACAUUUGAAAUGUUAAGAUGCUAUACAGCUUACUCAGUGAAUACUAGAAUUUUUUAUUUAAAUAUUGAUUUUGCUGUUUUUAUGACCAGGAGAAAAAAUGUCAUCACUUCAGUUGUCACAUGUUUAUUUUUAAUGCUUUUCUAAUUAUGUCUUUCUGGAUUGUUGGCUUUGAUGCCACAGACCAACUACUGUACAUACAGUAAAAUCCUAAUUAACCUUUGUGUUUUGGAUCAGUGGCAUAAGCUGAACAUUUUGCUAGGUGAAAGUUAACCAGAAACCUUUUUGUUUGCAUCCAAAAUGAGAUAUUUAUAAAAUACAUUCAUAUGUGUUCCUACCUUGACAAGUUCAGCUGUACUGAAUAUAAUUUGAUUUUUGAUGAUUUUUUAAUCUUUAGAAUUGUCUGAUAUUCAUUAUUUUGGAUACCAGUGUUCUCCAUGUUAUAGGUUAAAUAUCAAAAUUGAAAUAAAUUGCACUAAAUAUGCAUGUGUAACAUAUUCCCUAGAGGCUGAAUUUUGGAACCAAAUCCUUAAUAGGAGCUUGCCCUCUUAAAGUACAAAGCAGAAGAGGAAAUGCUUUUGGUUGCAUCCCAGGGUGUUGAGGUUUUACUGUUCCUAGCUUAUUCUAAUGUUAUUCCUUUCAUUACUGGGAGUUCCCAUCAUUCUGGAAAUACCUGUAAAUACUACAUGAAAAAUAGAAUAUGAUGUGACUUAAAAUUUGUUUACAGAGGAUAUAUGCGAGUGUAUGCUAUCAGUGUAAAUUGUUUGGCCUUCGCUGUAUCCAUUCUGUUACUGUUUUGCUGCCAAAAUGUAAGAAAUUAUCUUCUCUUCCUCCUACGUAUUGAGCAAGUGUUAAAAAUUUUGUCCACUUCUAGUACGGUAUGAUUCACCACUUCCCUUAUCUACUUUUUAAGAAUCAGUAUAAAGAAAAACAAUCCUUUAGGAUAAGGUUUGCAUAUACGUAUAUAUGUUUUUACUGAACAUUGGGCCAUUGUAGCCUUGUGUAGGCCUCUACCUGUCUGAUUGACUAACUGUCUACAAUGCUGCCAUGGAGAUGACGCUGUUGACUCGCUCCUGCUUUGUCCUAAGUGGUGUUUGAGAAAAGAGGCCUGCGCAUUUCCCUUUGCGAUAAUAACACAGUGAACUCAGCAGUAUCUUGGAUAAACGAGAUGACUAUCUUGUCCCCACCCCUGUUUUGUCUACACAGUGAAUCAGAGGUUUUGUCCACGUCUGCUUCAGUGUUUACUAUUUUAUAUUCACAUCUGGGCAUUUUGUUUUCUGUUAGCAAUGUUCCUUGAUGCCAUGUGUGGCCCUUUUGGUUGAAUCUCUCCAAAUGCGGGGCAGCUGCUGCCACCCGGCAAAUGACAGGAGAUGUGCUGAAUCUCCUGUCCAUCCUUGUCACUACGGCCUUCUUAAUGAGACUCUGCAGCUGGCUGAGUAAUCAUAAAUGUCAUCUGUGCAGACACACAGGCUUAAGGAUGGCUACAAAAUUUUAGACAUUUUUGCAAAAGGGGAAAAAAGAGUCUUGUAAAUACUGAAACAGAUUUCCAUGAACUUUAUCCCACUCUCGGGGAAAAAAAAAAAUUCUCCUUGGCUACAGAACUCAAAUAAACUUGAUUUGCAAUGACCAAGGACAUAAAUGAAGAUGGAUUGAGAUGGAAAAAUUCUGUCUCACAAGUAAUCAGUGACAUCUGCCAGAGGUCAUUACUGCUACUUUUAACUGUGAGCACUCACCAGCUAAUCUACUCACUUGCCACAACCAAAUAACCUCUCUCAAAGUAAAUCCAAUACAUCUGUAUAUAUGUGUAGAUAGAAACAACAAAAAGUCCUGAAAAAUUACUGUUGGCUAUUAGGUAUAUCAAGGUGAUGAUAAUUAUAAAGGACAUUUAAAUAACCGUGGGCCUUGGUGAAAUGAUUGCGGAGGCCAGAAUGGUGCAACAAGAUGUCAUUUACACGUUUAGUGGGAUUUGUUUUUUAAGACCCAGAUAUCUCAGAUACUAAUCAUGAGAAUAAAGAUUGUUGAAUAUGAAAUUAAAGACAAGCAAUAAUGUGCCAAAAAGAGGCAGUUAUACCAGCAAGUGCAUCUAUUAUGGGCAUACCGUGAUAUAAUUAUGGUUUGCUCCAUGAAGACUGACUGUAACACACAGGAUAAAAUAAGCAAAGGCAUAAUUUCUGCUUUCUUGCUGGGAAAACUCCAUAAAGAGGUACAGCCUAGUGAGCACUAGUAGGCAUGUGGUUAACAUCUCUGUUUUAAUGCUAGACAUGAGAGAAAAGGAGUCACCAAAAGUCUUGCUAGCUUAAAACUCAAGACAGUUCCAACCGGAACUGGAGGGGUCAACUCUAUGGUAAUUACUCUUCCUGGACGCUAGCGUGUAGACAAGCAAUUCGGUUAACUCUGCCUGGAGGAUUACUGGCCUUAGCUAUGAAAAAUGCGUUCUCAGAUGGAAAAAUAACUAAAACAUGAGUACUCAUAUCAAAAGGGGCCUCAAAUAAAGCCUUCCAGAAAAUGAUGUUCCAGACGGGCGUUUCUAAAUGCUAAUUCUUCAUUAAGUAUCUUUGGGUUCAAGCUCAAAAUCGAUUGGCUGCAAAACAGUAGGAAUAAAAAUCACAUAUUUUACACUUCAGAAAAAGGUAUGAUGAUCAACUAGCAUGGUGAUAAUUAUGAUGAGAGAUACUGUAGUGAUUUAAGCGUGUUAAGGAGAAUUAAAUGGGAGAGAAAUGCUAACUUCUUUCUUGAUCUCUUCAGAUGUGGGGAUGUCAUCCACUUAUUUCUGGGGUGAAAAUUAUAGCUUGCUUUUUGACAUUGCUGCUAGCAUUACUCUUUGUUACUUUAAAACUUAAAUUGACUAUUCCUUAGCAAAACUUUUAAGCAGUAAGACAAUUUUUUUUCUGAUUUGUAUUAUUGCUUUUAAUAUCACGUAAAGGUUAUGUACAGUGCAAACUAUUAAAGGAGCAGAAGGGGCUUACUCAUCUUUAUCGGUAUCUCCUAAUGAUUUCAGUUUAGAUUCCUUAUCAUUUAUUUUAACCAUAUCUUUGAGUAAAUUAUUUUCCAUAAUCUUUUCCAUCAUGUCUCAAAAUUAUGUUGGUAAAUUAGGAAGCGCAGUAUUAUAGUCAUACUCCUCAAUCCCUAGAGGAGAGAAGAAACUAAUUCUUGUUUUAAGGGUGUCUGGAGAUACGUUUUACGGAGGUUAAGAAAGGUCAACAGGGCCUGACAACUCAAGAAAGAAAUAUACUAACAAUUACUACAUUUCUAAAUGUAUGUAUCUCUGCGGUACUAAUGUGUAAACAAUACAUUAUGCAUAAUACUGUAGCCGGUUGUAGUACGUCAAUACAUUCUGUAAGUGUGUACAGGCUGUGAGUGGUUGGUUUUCUAUUUUUAUGUGUAGAAAAAAAUAACAUGCUGAUCCCCUUUUAAGGGCAAGUUCUGUCAUCAGGUAGGCACAUGUACGAAAGUGAAUAAAUAAAGCCAACAAAAGUGUGCAUGUGUAUUCAGUAACAGAAUUUGUCCUUUCAUUUUUGAAGGUCAGAAAGGGCUGUUUUAUUUUUUUCUUAAUCAUCUCCCAGAGUAGAUAACAUAAUUAUCAUAAAGGCUGAACAUAGUAAUCAGUACACUGGCAUGUUCCUAAAUAUGCCAGGGCUAAUUACCCACGCCAUUAGUCACAGGUAAGGUCUGUUCUUUGACCACCGGGAUGGUUUACAUUCCUCACACAUCCUCGCUGUGUUAAGUGUGUGGCCAGGAUGUACAUACUAUGGGUGUGAUUGUGUACAUACCUUGUAUGAAUUAUCUAAAUCCUCAAAGCAGUGGCAGGAAAGCAGAAAGAAGAAACAGUUGUUCAAAAGCCUCAAAAGGGCUAAUCAAUGUGUAUUUUCGGUUUCUACACAUAAAAAUGUAUACAUAACAUAACUGUAAAUAGCUUACCCACAUAUAUAUAUAUGCACACAAAUGCAUUUUAUUCAUACUGGUAUAUUUAAAUAAAUCACAAAUUAAAACAACUCAUUGAAAACUGCACCUUUCCAUGAUUGUUCUGUUUUACAUAUAUUAACACUGGAUCAGAUGCUCCCCGUUAAGUGGUGUUACUCCCUGGUAGCAGAUUUGGUGCUUAGGAAAGCCGAGCCCCGCUGGGCCGUGAACACCUACUGAGCAUCUUACCGAGGCGCAGACUGCUACCUGAACAGCUGCAAAGUUUUAAUGCUGUUCUUUAAGCACCUAAUUUUAUAUCUGGAAAUGACAAACACUGGGGAAAAUCGAUCAUGUUUUAUAGACUCCAUUAUUGUAUUUAUUAGUGUGUUUAUUUGCACAGGCUGAUAAAAGCCCUACAUUUUUUCAGAGAUAUAUUCCUAGAUUUCAAAAGUGUGUAAUCACUCGAAGUGGAAAAUGAUUGCAGGCAUUCUUCUCUUGAAAUCAGCAAAACAAUGUUUAGCAACACCCAAGAGAAGUCAAAGAGUAAAAUUUUUUUUUUAAUUGCAGAUGAUAUUGAUAGGAUAAUAGGAUAUGAGCAACUGAGAGUUUCUUAAGAUGGACUCAAAUAAAUUACUGUUAAUGAUAACAAGUGAUGCUGUGUGGACUAGAUAACAAGAUUAGAGUCAUUAGCCACCGACUGUCAACACUAGACAACAUCAGUGAAUUGAUGUUACUUGAGUUUCUCUCAUUUCUUCUAAAAGGAAAUACUCUAUUAAAGAUCAGAAAGUCUGAUCGGGUUCCUAAAACCUAAUAUGAUUUGAUCUUGAUUCCUUGACACUAAAAAUUAUGUUGGCUGGGUAUUAUGUUGAAGUUAUGAAUGGAAAUAUCAGAAUUGCCCAUUAAUAGAGAAUUCUGUGUGGUAAAGUGCAAAUAUAACCACCCGUCAGUAGAAAGUUAAUAAUAUCAUGUAAUAUAUAUUUAUGUUUUAGAGAAUGACUGUGCCAUCUUUAUAUCUUACAUAAAAAGAAAAGGUUAACCAACCAUAAGAACACUACAGUUACAACCAUAGCUGGCUAUGUUUUUUAACUACUAAAAACAUACCUGUUUGCAUACCUGAAAUCUUGAUGUUUGUCAAUAUUUACUGCUGCUUAAAAGAUAAAUUUAUGUAAUUAUUUUGGAAGAUGUGUAUUACUUUAAAUGCCACCCGGAAAAAUUAUAGCUGUCAAUGUGAGAAUCAUUCGUGUGUGUAAAUACUCAGCUGAGAAUGACCAAAAGUGUAGUGUAAUAUUAAAUCACUAAAGAACCAGUAAUUUUCAAAAUGAAAUUCCAUUUAUGAAUGUACCAACAUUAGAAUCUAAAGUUAUCUGUUCAUGAUGUCUAUAUACAAAAGUCAUAAAAUGGUUUAGUCAAGAAAGUCCCCAUCCUCCAGAAAUUGACCUACCAAUAAAAUUUCAUUUCCUAGAAAAAAGAUGGAAUGUUAUGAUUUAUAUAGCUAUAGAUCAAAAUUUUGGAAUUAGAGAUACUUCCACCCUCAUUUUGGAUUUGAUUUUGGAAUGGACGAAUGAAUGAAAUUCAACUGAUGACUUAGUUUUACCCUCGAAAACAUUUCAAAUAUGACUUUUUUGCAAUUCAUUUUCCAUAAUA